CACAUAUAGAACCGAUAAACAAGCAAUAAGAAGCAGAAAUGGGGAAAACAGAACGGUAACUCAUGAGACGACUGGCUGGGUCGUCACACUUACCUUUGCUUUCCGAAAGCCAUUCAGCCAAAAGGCGUUCGAGAUGAUACGACUUGUAUUGUGAUUGACAUACAACCCCCAGAAAAAACAAUUCCUCCUCCACCGCCGCCCAAAAAGUCAUGGAAAAGAGUAUUUAAGUCCAUGUUUCGCAAAAAAUCUUCCGAGUCAUAUUGUAAUAUCGAGAAAGAUUGUUGUGAAGCAGAUAUGGUGGAAGAACUAUUUGAGGAAGGAUCUGCAUCACUUUCAGACAGGUUAAACACGAAAUAUCCAGUCUGUAAUGUGUUUAAGUUAUUCACAUGUGCCGUCUGUCAAGCGGAGAUAAAACCUGGAGAAGGCUUUUCAAUACAUGCUAGUUCCUUGAAAGCAAGAAAUUUGUGGCUGUGGGAUGGUCCUUUCCUUUGCUCUAGCUGCCAAGAGAAGAAAGAAGCCAUGGAAGGAAAUUAAAGAGACCUUCAGGAAUUCAGUGCCUCGCUUUAUAUAUACAUUUUAAAACUCUUGUCUCAUUAAUGAAUUAAACUAUGUUAUCAAAACAUCAGAAAGUCUGUAUUUCUGAUGGUUUCAUCCUCUUUCAUUUGUAAGUAUCAAUAUACAGCUUUUUAAUUUUUGUUUCACCCCAGUUCUCUUAUAGUUUGGAAUAUCUCUAAUGACACUAUAUUCAUCAA